UUUCGUAUACGUCUCUCAAUCACAUCCUCUCAUUUCCUUUGAAGCAUGCAAUAUUUUCUUUAAACGUAAAGCUCUGGCGCACAGGCUGGCGGAAAUUAAGCAGUUGCAUUAUGUUUGGGGACGAAAUGCAUGGAAGCUUGGGUCUUCUUCGGUACUAUUACUUUACAGUGGCACUUAUUCUGACAUUAAGUCACGGAUGCGUGGGAGAUCUUACCAAAAACGGAAAGACGGUGGACUCGGUCCAGCUGUCUCCCGACCCGGCCCGACCUGACAUCAUCGACAAGCACGUGGUGGUGGCCGACCAGGGCGUGGAUGAGAAAGCGGCCGGAGCCGGCCACUGCCGUCAGCAUGGGGUUGUGUACCGCCACGGACAGUUGCUCCGGACCACCCUUCCCUGUUAUAAGGUGAUGUGCAGCGGCGGCGAGCUCAGUUGGGUGCCUGCGCGCGCCUGCUGUCCAUCCGACGGCGGUCUGCAGCCUGAACAAACUCGCCAGCCGACCGAGGAUGUGUGCCUGCUGCGCGAGUGCACCGGCGGCCGCUGGAAGCUACGCCCCGACUACGACCUGUGCUGCAAGCACGAGCACGCCUGGUACCCAGUCGGCUCGACGCGUCCCAUGCAAGGCGGCCCUUGCACGUACCACCUGUGCCACGCCGGCCGCUGGGAGCCGCACUACAACACCACCUGCUGCUUCGACGAGGUCGGCUGGCACACUCCCGGGACGGUGCUCUUCACGGCCGAUCCGUGCCGCUCCAAGACCUGCCGCGCCGCCCACUGGACGGAGCGCGACACGUGCUGCCGCGAGCCCAUCACCGGCCGCCGCGUGGCCGCCGGCGACAUCCGCCGCGUGGACGCCUGCACAUACCAGCUCUGCCACGAGAACACGUGGCACCGGCGCACAGCGUUCAGUUGCUGCGAGCGCAAAGGCCACCAGUACGAGCACGGGGCCGUGGCGAACCUCGGCUCCACCUGCCGCCGCGACCGCUGCGUGGACGGCUCGUGGCACGUGGUGCGCCGCGAGAGGCUGGGGCGCGGCCCGUGCCGCAGCGGGUGGCGACGGCUGGGGCAUCGCUGCGUGGCGCGCCUGCGCGCAGCAAAGUGGCAUGACGGUCGGAAGAGGUGCCGCACCGUCGGUGGCUACCUGCUGACGGUGACGACGAAGGAAGGCUGGCGGAACCUGGCUAAGUCUGGGGGGAACGUCACCAUAUGGCUCGGAUUGCGGGGUCACGAGCUGGUCGAGGGGGUGACCGAGUGGCGCUGGAUGGACGGCACACCGCGUUCGGUGCCUAUCAUGUGGGCUGCCCGCGAGCCGCGGAUCCUGCCCGGUCGCGUGUGCGCCUACGUCGUGGCCGGCCGCGUCCACAGCGCCUCCUGCGAUGAGAAGCACGAGAUCAUCUGCGAGUCCACGCGCUGUGAACACUAGGUGGCGCUGGUGGUGUGUGAGUUUUGAAAUAGGUAACGCUAGCGCCCCUAUGGUCGAGCAUUUUUCAACGAAAAUUUAUUUGCAUUUUGUAGCCACAAGUUGCCGUUCUUUGAUUGUGGUCUGUGUCAGCAGAUCUUCAAUAUGAGCCGCUCUUGAGCGGAACAAACAAACAAACGGCCGCACGCUUCUCGAAAAAAGUGACCGACAUCAGCUAGUUUGAUUACAGAACGUCCGCCCAAAUACAUCCCGUUGCCAAUACAAUAAGGCGUUUUAUGCUUGUGAAACAAAUAAAACUCCCAGAAUUCCAUUGACGCACCUGUCCUUGCGUUGCGAGUACGAGAUUUGGUCUGUUUUCCAUUCUUCCCACACUGCAGGAAUUGAAGUCAUGGGGCCUUGGAGUUAGAACAUGGGCCUGAGUCUAUUCAAAUUAUCAUGCACGCGGGCCCAUGUCAUGCACCCGUUCGAGCCGGAAUCCCACUUUGAAGCCAACAGAUUCUUACGGGAUGGCACGGGAUUAAGGUACUCAAUGAUGACUGCUAUCCAGGAGAACGAUAAUGAGGCGCAAAUAUCGUAAUAGGAUGUAAUGUGACAGACCCAGCCUACCAAAUGAGCGUUACGUGACAUUACGUCAUAGAAAUCAGGAAGAUGCUCAAGCAAAGGUGAUAUAACACUCGUCUUAAUUAGCUUCAGCUGACCUAGUCCAUCCGAGCAAAUCCGCCCCAAUCCAGCAGAACCCAACCUAGCAAAUCUAACCCUACCUCGCUAACCAAGACCUAACCUAAUAAAUCACUAUUUAUCACAUGACGGCGCAAUGUCAAUACAUGACGAACAAUUAUAA